UGCUCUGAAUCCCCUCCACCUACCCCAGUGGUGCUCACUUCAGGUCGAAGAUGAAUGUACUAUUACAGGGAUCAGUGACAUUCCAGGAUGUGGCCGUGGACUUCACCCUGGAGGAGUGGCAGCUGCUGGGAUGUGCUCAGAGGAAGCUGUAUUGGGAUGUGAUGCUGGAGAACUUUAGAAACCUCAUCUCAGUGGGGUGUCCAGUCACCAAAACAAAAGUGAUCUUCAAGGUGGAGCAAGGACAAGAGCCAUGGAUGGUGGAGGGAGAGAACCCACGUUGGCGCUCUCCAGAAGUUAUCUGCUUACUUGAUGAUGAGCUAGAGGGACAGGAAGGAGAAGGAAGCAAAGACAAUUUUUUGAACCAAGGUAUGUUCACCUUCAAGAAAACACUGACCAACGAGACAGUCCAAAAUUGUAAUCUGAGUAUAAAUUUUAUUUCUUCAAGACAAAAACAACAUAAAUGUGAAUCAAAUGGAAAGUGUUUGCAACCUAACUUAUACUUUCUUAGUUAUAAUAAAAGUUAUAUCAGAGAAAACUCUUAUGAAUACAAGGAAUGUGGAAAAGCCUUCAAAAACAAGUUGUGUCUUAUUAGACAUGAAAAAAAGCACAGAAGGAAAAAAACCUUUGGGUGCAGUGAAUGUGGGAAAGGCUUCCAAAAGAAGUCUCGUCUCAUUAGACAUGAAAAAAAGCAUACAAGGAAAAAAAACACCUUUGAAUGCAGUGACUGUGGGAAAGCCUUUAACAGUAAGGGACACCUUGCAGCUCAUCAAAAAAUUCAUAGUGGAGAGAGACCCUUUGUGUGCAGUGAUUGUGGAAAAGCUUUUACGCAUAAAGCACAGCUCGUGGUCCAUCAGAGACUCCACACUGGAGAGAAGCCUUAUGAAUGUGGUCAAUGUGGGAAAUCAUUCACCUGGAACUCCUCCUUUACUCAGCAUGUGAAAUCGCACACACCCGAGAACUCAUUUGAAUGUAAGGAGUGUGGGAAAAGCUUCAAGUACAGUUCAUCCCUUUAUAAACACUCCAGAAUCCAUACAGGCGAGAAACCAUACCGAUGCAGAGAAUGUGGCAAAGCCUUUGCAGACUCAUCAGUGUUGGUCAUGCAUCAGAGAAUUCAUACAGGCGAGAAACCCCACGGGUGCACUGAAUGUGGCAAAGCCUUCAUCAAGAGAUCACAUCUCCUUAAACAUUACUCAACUCACAGCAGAGCAACAAAAUAAAUGCAACACAUGUGGGAAAUCUUUUAACUGGAAGACACAUCUCAUUCUCCAUCAAAGAAGUCAUAAAAACAAGGGAGCUUUGUAAAUGUGGGAAAACUUAAAAUUAGCCUUUUACUGAAGCAGCAAAGAAUUCAUCAUGAGAAAAACCCUAUCAGUUGAAUAAAUGUGGAAAGGCAUGUUCUGAAAUUCCUGGUCUAUAA